AAGCCCACACCCUCCAUCGCCAAUGCUGCCCUCGUAGCGAUUGAGUCGCGAAGCGCCAUCGACCCAGUGAACCCACCCUUGAGUACUUUGCCGCCGCCUCUCGACUUGCCGACACGCAAUGGCGAUAUUACGUUCAGCUACCUCUGGAACCUGUCACGAGCGUACGGGGGCUUUUACAAGGAAGGUGUCAAAGCCGUGUGGUACAACUGGCGAGCGGCGAGAUUGCUGCGCGAACGUUUGGCGAAGGAAGCGAAUGUGAAGGAUACCGACGAAGCUGCGAUGAAGGGAUUGCUUAAGCGGUCUGAGUGGCAACUUCUUCAGCGCAAUGACCAUGAUAUUGGCAAACUCCCGUUGUUCGGUGUGAUGGUACUACUCUUCGGCGAGUGGUUGCCACUGCUCGUGCCCUUCAUUCCCACCGCGGUACCGAGCACGUGCCGGAUACCGUCGCAGAUUCGUGGGAUGAGGGAGAAGGCUGAGGCGCGCAGACGGGUGAGCUUUCGAGAGGGCUAUCCGGAACCAUCUAAAGAACAGGUUGUCGCAGCGGAGGAGAGCUCUGCCCCUUGGCCUACGACCACAGCUCCGUACGUGCGUUCUCUACUGGGCAGGCUACGCAGCGAUCAAUUACUGCAUCUGUCGUCUACAUUUGACCUGCACUUCAGACUCUGGGACUGGCUGCAGCUACCGCCAUCUCGCUUUCUGAUGCAGCGAUCUCUGUCGAAGCGCUUGCAAUACAUUGCCGUUGACGACCGGUUGUUGGCUCAGGCUGGCGGCGCGGCGAAGCUGACCGGCCCGGAGCUGGAACGAGCAUGCGAGGAGCGAGGCCUGGAUGUGCUGGGCCGGAAGGAUGCGGUUUUGCGAGAUAAUUUGACCUGGUGGCUC